AGGACCAAUGAGGCCUUGCGAUGGGCCAGUCCCGGCUCUGGCUGCAGAGGUCGCUGCUGCUGCUGGUGGCCGCGCUGCUCGGCUGCCUGACGCCCGCCAAGCCAGAGGACGGCGCGACCACGAGAAAGGCUAGAGCGGAGGCGGCGCUGCAGGUGGUGCACGACGUGGCGACGGAGAACCUGGGCGCGCUGUGCGUCACCGAGCCCUACCGCUCGCUGCCCGCCGGGCUCGACACCAGCCGCUACGAGGGCGCUCGCCAGAAGGCCGACAUGGCCGCCUCCAUGCUGCAGGACCUGGGCCUCACACACCACGCAAGCCUGCUGGACGCGCUGGUGCGCAGCCUGGUGAUGUCGGACCGGCACGUGGUGGCGGCGCGGCUGCUGUCGCUGGACGACUCGUCCGGCUCGGUGCUGGCGGUGUCAGCGUGGCAGCGCGCCCGCGGCCCGGCGCCCGCGCUGGCGGGCCCGACGCGCGACGACGCCGCCCCCGUGGCUGGACGCCGCCCCGACGCACACCUGCCCUGGUUCGAGGAUGCCGCCUCCAGUCCUGCGCUCCGCUCGCCCAAGUUCGUGCCGUCGCCCGUGAACGCCUCGUACCGCGGCUGGUGGACCUACCCCUACUACUCGUGCCACGUGCGCCUCUGGCUCGUCUCCUACAGCAUCGCCAUCCAGCCCUCGUCGCACCGGGGGACGAAGGGCUACUUGUCACUUGACGUGAACGUGACGCCGUUGGAGGUGAACCAGUGCGAGGCAAGCAGCGAGCCACCUCCGCGCUCCGAGCUGCGGGCAUUCCACAGUACGCACAAGUGCCACAAUGACACCACGCAGUGCGAGCUCCGGCCGAGCCCCGGCUGGGUGCGUGGCGGCUACGUUUGCCGCUGCCGGGAGGGCUUCUACUCGCCGCACCACGGCGGCGUCUUCAACGGCACGCUGGUGGAAGCGGCAUGGCAGGAGCGCGAACAGAACGUGAGCUCGCUGUACGACGAGCUGUUCCGGUGCUUCCGCUGCGCGCCCGGCUGUGCCACCUGCCGCGACCCUUCGCCCUGCCUGGCGCCCUACAACUGGCCCUUCAGGCUGACGCUGCUGUCGUUUUCGGUGCUGUGCGCACUGUGCACCCUGGGCCUGGUCUGUUACGUCUACCAGCACAGAAGGCUCAAGGUGUUCAAGGUGGCGAGCCCCAUUUUCCUGGGCAUCACGUUACUCGGAUGUUCCAUCAUGUAUCUCGAGAUGGCCGCCAUUUUCCCUGUGCUGGAUAUGUACUCCUGCAUCGCUACGAAGUGGAGUCGGCACCUUGGUUUCUGCAUAACGUACACGGCUCUCCUGAUGAAGACGUGGAGGGUAUCACUAACAUACAGGGUAAAGUCAGCACAUAAGGUGAAGCUGACAGACAAACAAUUGCUCCAGUGGAUGUUUCCCAUUCUGCUAGUUAUGCUCAUCUACUUGGGAACAUGGACUCUGAGUGCUCCACCUACAGCAGAAGAAAUACAUGAUAGCAUAGGCCUUAGGUUUAAGCAAUGCUCCUACAACUGGUGGGAUCACAGUCUAGCUAUAGGUGAAGUGCUUUUCCUGGCAUGGGGUAUAAGAGUCUGCUAUAAUGUUCGCAAUGCGGAAUCACUGUACAAUGAGGCCCGACUCAUCAGCUAUGCCAUUUACAAUAUUGCAAUUGUGAACAUUACUAUGAUUGCAUUCCACUUGUUCAUCUUUCCUCAUGCUGGCCCUGACAUCAAGUAUCUGCUAGGUUUCAUCCGAACUCAGCUGAGUACAUCUGUCACAGUGGGGCUCGUAUUUGGUCCUAAGAUUGUGCGUGUGCUACGUGGUCAGGGUGAUCAAUGGGACAACCGUGCACGUGCACGGGGAGUAACAGCAUCUUUCUCUCUUAAUGGUAUUGGAUUGAUGCCGGAAGAGACUCCAGAUCUGUACCAGGAAAAUGAGGAACUGAAGGAAGAGAUUCAGAAGCUGGCUGCUCAGAUUGAAUUUAUGAAGAUCGUUCAUAUGGAGAUGAACAACAGGCACUUAAAGCCUAAACCUGGUGGCUACUUCAAUGCUGCCAGUACAGCAGUGACUUUGCAGAGUCCAUUGGGAAAAACAUCUGGAUUUGUUGUGGGCAAGAGCUCUGGAGCUGAGGAAAGCUGCAUUGUCUCAGCUACUGAUGGUGCUAGUGAACGUGUCUGACUAGUAGUCAAUA